CCCCACCCCACCCCCUCCUCCCCUACCCCACGUUGUUCAAGAAAACCCUUUACUCUCUUCACUUUACUCUCUCAAAACCCCCCAAACCCUCCCAUUUUUUGUGUUUCUGCAACUUCUUGCUGUGGAACCAAGAAAAGUAGAGUGUAGAUUCAAGAAAGAGAGGUAAAAAGCAAAAGGGUAUCUUGUAAAAAUGCACCAUUUCUUCUUCACCAUAUUCCUACUGUUGAGCAGCAGCUGCUUCAUCUAUCAAACAACCUCAAAAUCCACCAUUGAGCCAUGUUCCAACUCAGAUACUUGCUCUUCACUUGUUGGCUACACACUCUACACUGACCUCAAAGUUUCUGAGGUGGCCUCACUCUUUCAAACUGACCCAAUCUCUCUUCUCACUACCAAUGCUAUUGAUAUCUCAUACCCUGAUGUUGAAAACCACAUACUUCCAGCUAAAUUGUUCCUUAAAGUUCCUGUUACAUGUUCUUGUGUUGAUGGGAUCUUUAAGUCUGCUUUUGUACAUUACAAGACUAGACCUUCAGAUACUUUGUCUUUGAUUGCUGACACUGUAUAUGGUGCUCUUGUUUCUGCUGACCAGAUUAAGGAAGGGAAUCCUAGUGCUGUUGGUUCUGAUCCUUCAGUGCUUAAUGUUGGGACUAACCUUUGGAUUCCACUUCCUUGCACUUGCUUUAAUGGGACUGACAAUAAUCUACCUGCUAUUUAUAUGUCAUAUGUUGUUAGACCUGUGGAUACUCUUGCAGGGAUUGCUGCUACCUAUUCCACUACUCUUACUGAUCUUAUGAAUGUCAAUGCUUUGGGCAGUCCUGCUAUUAAGGAGGGUGACAUUCUUGCCAUUCCCUUGUCUGCUUGUGCAUCUAGCUUCCCAAGAUUUGCCUCAGAUUAUGCCUUAUCUGUUGCGAACGGGAGCUAUGCUAUUACAGCUAGCCACUGUGUGCAAUGCAGUUGCGGACCAGGAAGUCGGAAUUUGUACUGCAUGCCAGCUUCCUUAGCAGUUUCUUGCUCAAGCAUGCAGUGCAAGAACAGCAAUCUCAUGCUCGGAAAUGUUACUGUACAACAGACUGGCGGUGGUUGCAAUGUGACUUCUUGUAAUUAUGGUGGCUUUGUCAAUGGAACCAUCAUCACUACAUUAUCCUCAUCUCUUCAACCUCGAUGCCCAGGACCGCAACAAUUUCCUUCACUUGUUGUCCCACCUACUUCGGUAGGCCCAGACUCAAUGUUUGCUCCUGCUCCUUCACCUUCUGAAUCUGGCGGUGCUCCAAUGGAUGGUCCACAUUCUUCCGUGGUGCCUGCAUCUGGCUCAGUUAUCGCAUUUCCACCUUCAGGUGGACCAAGUGGAAGUGCAUCUUCUGCUUGGUCGUUGAACCCUUUAGCUAGUUUUCCAAUUGCAAUUCUCUUGUAUCUGUGUGUGAAAUAUGCGAUCUCACUUCCGUUAUGAGUUGAUGAUCAGGUUGCGGACUUUUUCCUUGCUAGAUUGAAGAGGAAGGAUGUGGAAUCUUGUUUUGCUUUGUUCUUUUCUUCCUAUAGGUGUAAUUUUCACUGUAUACUAUUUUAUUGUUCCUGAAUUCUGUAGUUAAUUUAGUGAACUUCUAUUUUGUGAAAUUUUUAUUUUAAUCUACAUCUGUGGCCACUGGUAACUGUGUCUCCGGUUCUGCA